ACUGAUAUGGUUGGUAGAAAUGGACAGCUUAAGCCCUAAUCCUGCUUUCAUUAGAAACCACAGUGUUUCAAUCAAGAAAGGAACGAGCUUUGUCUUCUCCAUGGCCAUGGGGAUUGAGAAUGUGGGGCCCCUUCCGAUGUAGACCACUGCCGUCUUCCCCUCCCAUUAGGCACAAGAUUUGGACUUUCUUCUUCGCUUCCCCUGAGGAGUUUUCCACUUCCCGUGCCCAUAUCACUCACUUCUCAUUCCCCCCGUCAUCAGGGCUCUUCAAGCUUCUUUAAAGAAUCUCAGAGCCUCCUCUGUCUCUCCGUCCCCUUCCUCCAUUUCUUUCUGCUUUCAUUCUCAACUGCAGCAGAGCUACAUGACACGUGGUAUGCCCGUCGCGUACAAGACUUUCUCCCCUGCUUCGUCUUUCUCGGAAAGUGUCGGUCUUGAUCACUGACGAAUUCAAACUCAGGAGGAUGGUGUUUUCUGCAAGAGGUGAUCAGGGACACCGUUAGCUCACUCCCAGAAUUAGAACAGCAAACUUCAAGAAGGGAAGUUCUCCUGAAAGGAAGAACGGGGAGAAAUGGAUGGGAUAGAGAGGAGCAGGAUGUGGAAGAGCCUGAAGCAGCGGCUGGGACUGAAGCGGAUGGGCUGCUGCGGGGCCAUCUUCGGCCCCGCCAGAGCCGGAACCACCGCCGCUCCCACCAUCACCAUCAUAGAGACGCUCAACAUGGACGACGAAUACAGCGACCCCGACGACAACGGCAGCCGGCGGAGCAGCACCUUCAGCGCGCCUUUCGUGAGCCAGGUACCAUCGGCGGCGGGGAUGAACCUGGCGAUGGCGUUGGCGGCUGAGCGGAACCUCCGGGGGACUGGCCCCGACGCGGCGGCGGCUGUGGGGAGGGUGAAGACGCUGAUGGCGCUGAUCGAGGAGACGGACGGCGUGGAUUUGAAGGUUGGGAGGAGGAGGAGGGAGAGGCGGGGUGGCGCCGGCGGGGGGUGCGACGGGGUGUGCUGCGUGUGCAUGGAGAGGAAUAAGGGCGCGGCUUUUAUCCCCUGUGGCCACACCUUCUGUCGGGCCUGCUCCCGGGAGCUCUGGAUCGGCCGGGGCUCUUGCCCCAUCUGCAACCGUUCGAUCUUAGAGAUCCUUGACAUAUUCUGAGAUUCGUAGUCACGAGCAGCUGCCUGUGGAGUGGGCCUGAACAUACACCGAAUCGUUACCGAUCCCAUGUUCCAGGCCUCAAUGUCGAUCCGAAUUCCGGGCCUCCGACGUACCGGAUUGUCACCAAUGCUAUGUUCCGGUAAUGUGCCAUUUGAGCCUCAGCGUACACUGGAUCAUUACCAAGGCUAUGUUCUGGUGAUGUGAUGCAUUAUUUGAUAUGUUACAAAAUCAUCUGCCUCUCGACCGAGGAAGAAAUGUAAUAAGAAUUACCAUUUUAGGUUCCUGCUAAGCAAAGUUCAUGGGUAAGGCAAACGCCCUCGAAUGCGAGUUAUUAGCUAUGAUUGCAUUUUUUUCAUUAGUGACAAAGUCUACCUACAUAAAUUGGUUCAAGCA